AUGGCAGACCAACCGAAAGACCGUGCUGAGAUGACAGAAGACGUGGAAACAGGCAUCGCUAAGGAGGAACAAGGGAUGACCUGCAACGAGAGUGCUCUGUCAAUAAAUGUCGCCCGUGAGAAAGCCUUGGUGUGGAAGCAAGACUUACGAGUCGUCCCUCUAUCCGCAUUCAUCUAUCUUCUUUGUUACUUGGAUCGGUCCAAUAUCGGAAAUGCCAAAACACUUAAUGCAGAUACAGGUAAUGACUUGGUGACUGAGACGAAAAUCACAAAUUUUGAAUACACGAUUGCCUUGAUGGUAUUCUUGAUUGCGUAUGCCAUAUUUGAGGUUCCAUCCAACUACCUGCUGAAGAAGCUCAGACCCAGCAGAUGGAUUGCAUUCUUGAUGUUGUCCUGGGGCGCCCUUACAAUUGGCUUAGGUGGUGUCAAUAACUAUGGGGAACUCACUGCAGUCCGAUUUCUUCUGGGCGCUGUAGAAGCUGGUUUAUUCCCUGGACUGGUCUACUAUCUUACAUUCUGGUAUCGCACAUCGGAGAGGUCUCUGCGGGUUGCAUUGAUUCUUGCAUCGGCCACACUCGCCGGAGCCUUUGGAGGUGCGAUUGCAUAUGGAGUAGGUCAGAUGAAUGGAGUCAAUGGGAUCUCAGCCUGGAGAUACCUAUUCUAUAUAGAAGGAGCUCCAUCCUGUGCAUCUGCUUUUUUGGUCUGGUUUCUCCUCCCAGACUACCCGGAGACUGCCAGUUGGCUCUCGGAUGAAGAAAAGGAUCUGGCCCGCGAACGACUUUCUGUUGAGGGAUCCCAUGGUGAGUCUGGGGGACUCACUUGGGCCGAGGCAAAAAAGACGCUCGUUGACUGGCGUUUAUAUGCGCACUAUCUGAUUUACUUCGGAAUUUCCACACCAUUUUCCAGUCUUUCACUUUUUACCCCAUCAAUCACAUCUGGUUUGGGAUUCUCCAACUUGAGGGCUCAGCUGAUGACGGUUCCUCCGUAUGCGACUGCCUACGUUGUGACGGUCGCAGUGGCCUGGUCAGCAGAUUAUUUCAAUGCGCGAGGACUACACUCUACGAUAUUCGCACUAAUAGGUGCAAUCGGUUUCUUGGCAUCUGCUGUACUUCCAGCUGAGGCUUACGCUCACCGGUAUGGUUGCUUGAUUGUUGCAUCAAGUGGCGCUUUUGCCUGUAUCCCUCCACUCCUGGGUUGGCUUUCUUCCAAUCUUCACUCUACCGGUGCGGCUGGCCUCGCUAUUGCGCUGAAUAUCUCCUUUGGUGCUCCCGGGCAAAUUGUCGGUGUUUGGAUUUACAAAGCAGACGAAAAGGAGAAAGGAUAUCCGACUGGGCACUGGACAAAUGCUGCGCUGCUAUUCUUUGUCGCUGUGGGCUGUGUUUUGUUGCGUUUUUAUUACGGCCGACUGAACCGGAAGAGAACCGGUAGCAAGCCAUACGCAUAUUAG